AUGCCCUUUCACAUUCCCCAUCACCAGCACCAGCACCAGCACCAUCUCUCCGACCCUCACCACGACCACGGCCACGCGUACGUCCACGACAAUUACUACAGUGCUGCCAACGCCAUCUACUCGGCCGGCCAGACCCUGAGCUCUGUUGGCGCUCCAAUCCCUCAGUGGAACGACUCUCCUAGUACCCAGACCGAAUCGCCCACCACGGCUCCCGAAAAUAGAUCCUACCAACCUCAUUCUCCACCUGACACCAACGGCAAUGGCAAUGCCCGUGGGAAUGGCACCGUGAUCCCCUAUCGACCUGGCCCGACUGCGUAUUCUGGAGGGCAGCCAACUGAGCCUGCGGACUCGCAGCCCGGUCAAUAUCAACAUCAAUCAGCCUUGACGCGGUCUCUCACAGGAGCUCGCCGGGGAGACGAAUCCCACAUGAGCCAACAUAACCAGCAGGAAACGGCCAUGAGCGGCGUGCAUCACUAUGGUGCACCGCCAGCCUACGGUGGUGAAGGGUUGUCCAUCAAAAUCGAACCCUCGACUCCUCAACAUCCCAACAGCGUCGCGAGCAACCCGGUUCCUGGAACACUGCAACCCGGUCUUUCCAGUCGACCUCCUCCUCUCGCGGCCAGCAACACUGCGCCCACUCUUCCCACUCUCCCUCAGAUCUCGACUCAGAUGCAGCAAACUCCGCUCUCGGCCAGACCGAUGCUCAGUCACACGCACAGCUAUUCGAGGUCCAGUCCUGGAGCAAUGGACCAGCCAAAAUACAAGCCCUUCUCCAACACUCCCGAACAACCGAGAUACUCCUCUGCUUCCAGCGCAUAUGUACCGCAUACUCCUUCAGCGCCGUCUUCCUAUUCCCCCUUGGGCCUGGCAGACAUCAGGCCUCGAACCGACCCAGGGCUGCCCGAGAUCCCUAUGAGCCCCAACGUGGCGCAGGAAAAUGAUUCUGAACAAUACCCGCAGAACAGCCAUUACGCUGCACCUUGGCCUGUAUACGCGGUGGAUUGGUGCAAAUGGACGCCGCGGUCGAACAAUGGUUCCGCGGGUAAAGUCGCCAUUGGCAGUUACCUGGAAGAUAAUCACAACCACAUUCAAAUCUUAGAUACCCAGCGGACACAAAUAGACCCGGACAACCCCCAUGGUGAGCGAGGGCUGGAGUUUGUCAAGACGGCAGAAGCCACGCACGCAUAUCCCGUAACGCGGAUACUUUGGGAGCCGCCCUCCUCGAACAAACAGACGACUGAUUUAUUAGCUACAUCCGGCGACCACCUGCGGUUAUGGUCGCUUCCAAACGACCAACUUGCAUAUGCAUCGAGUUCCAUUACUCGUUCGGCGACCUCAAAACCCGCUCCUUUGGCGAAGCUCUCCCCGUUGGCUUUGUUGUCGAACUCGAAAUCACCUGAACAUACAGCUCCCAUCACGUCGUUGGAUUGGAACGUCGUGCAGCCCUCACUAAUCAUCACUUCGUCCAUAGACACGACGUGCACAAUCUGGGAUAUUCCAACUCUAACGGCCAAGACACAACUCAUCGCGCACGACAAAGAGGUGUACGAUGUUCGAUUCUGCGCCAAUAGUGUUGACGUCUUUGUGUCUUGCGGUGCGGAUGGCAGUGUCAGGAUGUUUGAUUUAAGGAGUCUUGAACAUAGCACCAUCAUAUACGAACCAUCGGAGAAGCAGCAGGACAGAAAUUCACAACUCCCGGAUUCUCUAUCGACCUCACCGACACGCACCUCCGGGUCCGGUGUGCAGACGCUUUCGUUCCCACCUCCGCUGCUCCGUAUCGCAGCCUCGCCGCACGAUGGCCAUCUUCUGGCAACCUUCUCUCAGGACUCCAAUAUCAUCCGCGUUCUCGACGUCCGGCAACCAGGGCAAGCUCUUCUCGAACUCAAAGGUCACGCCGCAUCAGUCAACUGCAUCGAUUGGAGUCACACCCAGCGCGGCUUACUCGCGUCCGGUGGUGACGAUUGCUGUGUCUUGCUUUGGGAUCUGAUGGGUUCGACGGGGAAUCUGCCCACCCCUGCAGGAGGAGCCGCAGGUGGCCUUGGUACCACUCAGGAAAGAGGCCCUUCUGCCGCUUGGGAUUGUAGGUACGAAGUAAGCAACCUGAGUUGGGCGCCGAAUAUGGGCACAUUGGGCGUUUGUGGCGGCAAAGGCUUCUGGGGUGUGCAGUUAUGA